CUUCGAAGAAGCCUGCGACUGCGUCACCAGGAGAUCGCGGAGCCCUCCUCGAAAAGAAGGAGCUCCGCACAAGAAGGGGCACGUAAACGUACCCCUGGGCCCGCCGUGGUGUUGUCCGCCGGGGGUGGCGGUGGCAGCGGGGGUGGAGGUAGCGGUGCCGCCUGGGGUCGAGGUAGCCGUGGACGUGACAGAGGUCGCGGGGGCGGCGCGAACCUAUUCGGUUCAGGCGUCGCCCCCGCGAAUUACGCUUCAGGAUUGCCAGGCGUAACGCCGGAGCUGCGGGAAGUUGUGAACAUCCUUGGCGAGAGGAACCAAGUCGGCACACUCACCGGCGUGGGACCACCGCCUGGAGCCGUGGACAACGACGGCCAGGGGGACGAGGAGGAGGGCACCUCCCCGAAAAGGCCACCGAGACCCCUCUACAGAAGGCUGAUUAAUUACAUUCGACAGGCUUGGACUGGCGUGAAGUUUGCGCUAGACUCGGAAUACGAGGAGGAGCAGACGCCGCGAUAUAGACCGGAUUCUCUGGCGAGCCUUUGUCGAGCAACGAGAUUCACCGAGGCCGAGCUGAAGAGAAUAUAUCGUGGCUUCAAGGCAGAAUGUCCCACGGGAGUCGUCAGAGAAGAAACUUUCAAGUGCAUCUACUCACAGUUCUUUCCGCAAGGUGCCAACACUAGCCAGUACGCCCAUUACGUUUUCAACACCCUGGACCAGGAUCAUAGUGGUAUCCUAAGUUUUGAGGAUUUUGUUACCGGCCUCAGCAUACUAUCCCGUGGUUCCAUUGACGAAAAACUACGUUGGACAUUUUCUCUCUACGACAUCAAUGGCGACGGCUGUAUCACGAGAGAAGAAAUGACGGACAUCGUGACAGCUGUAUAUGAACUGAUGGGGAAAUUUGCUGAUCCAAAUUUGGACCACCAGGGCGUACGUGAAAAAGUAGACCGUAUGUUCCAGAAAAUGGACGGAAACAAGGAUGGAGUAGUGACGCUGUCCGAAUUUUUGGAAGCUUGCCGCGCGGAUCCGGAUAUUUCAACGAGUAUGACAGCUUUGGACACGGCCUUCUGACACUCGGCACGAUCACGAUACACUCCAUGGACCUGAAGGGAUUUGUCGAUUUGUGAAUAAAUCGCUCAACGUUGUUCCGUAUCUCCUGGAACGGGGUGGGGAAGAACUUCUCCCAAAUUGAUUAGAAAAAUCUUCGAGCGAUAGGGGGAUUCGCAUCAGCACCAGCGAAUUUCGAGGAUUGACGCGUCACGAGAGAAAUCGUUAUAGAUAUUUUUCCUAUAUCUUGUUUAACACGAUCGUCAUUGAAAGAUCCAACGGGCGUAACGACUCGCCGAAAUAUCGCUUUCAUCGGGGCGGUUUCACAUCGAACGACAAGACGAACGGCUCCCUCUAAAUCAAAGGUCGCAUGAAAUGGUCGUGAGAAUAGUGAUCAUCCUUUCGAGAAUUUCUAGUUGUAGUCUCAGUAUGCGUAUCGCUAGACAAGAAAGGACUAGACGAGAGAGGAUUAACAUAUAACAAAAUGAUAAAAAAAAAAGAACAAGAAAACCGAUACUUCGUGGCUGUUAGUUGUCGCGAAUGGAAAUUGUUAUGGACUGUUUCCAGUAGUUCGUUUUUAAGGAACGCGCGCUACAAACGAUGAAUGAACACGCAGAUUUAGGAAAAGCUAUUAAUAGUAACAAAAAAAAAAACACACACACACAAUUCCUAACGACGAUGAGGUUAAUGAAACUUUAAUAGGUGGAAGUUGGUGUUUAAUGUAAGAAGACAGAUCGUAUUCCCGUAGCACAGUGCGUCUUAAGGGAAAGAGAGGAACAUUUUUGCGAAAUAGCUUGUUAGGAUUUCCAAGUACCAAAGAGCACGCCACCGAGACUCGACGUCCGAACUGAACGCGGCAUUGUUUGUGCCAAAGGAAUCGCUGUACCAAGAAAGAAACGAGAAGCACAGAUAUCUCGACACAUCGUUUGUAUAAAAUUAAUAAUUGAGCUUAGCUUCGCCCAGUUACGUUUCUUUUUUUCGCUUAAAAGAAACGACAUUUCAACGAAAACCCGUUCUCAUUGAGUCUUGAUACCAAGCGGCAAGCAUGCACGGUAUUAGAGCAUGGAUUCUUGAAUGCUCGCGUACCAAUAAUAACGUAGCCUAGUUUUUUACAAUAACCAUAUUUUUUACGAUGCUUAUAUUUGCCGCGUUAAAGCGUAGUGCUCGAAGUGUGUUUAAUUGAGACUAUUCGUCAACGUAAGUUUUAAUAACGUAGCGAAACGCAAUCGAGGUAAUUGUAAUUAUAGUCUCGUGGUGACAGAGUCUUAAACUUUUUUCUCUGUUUCUGUUUGCGAUACCGCAAGGUUGCAAAAUUAUGCAUCAGGUAUCGUCUGACCGCGUCCAACGAACGCGGUUAACCCGAACUUAAUUCGCUUUCCAAAACAUGUGUAUCUGAAAUCGUCAGAAAUAUCAGCUCCAGACUUUAAUUCUGUAUUUUCGAAACGAUUGUAACUUGGCGUUUGGUUUUCAGUUUGCGCGAGAAGAUAUUAACGUGCGGAGAUACCAUCUUCGCGCGAGAAGAGUACUAUAAGCCACGCCCUGUCUGUCUCCGCACGCGCCAUAUAGCUGUGAGACAAAGUAAUCAUUGCCAUCAUCUUGAUUUAAAACAAAUAAUGAUUGACGAAAUAUUAAAAACAGUACAUCUUUUAUAAUUUAUUCAAUAAUUCUUACGUUUUCCUCCAAAAAAUACUCAAGUUGCGUCACAUAAAAUCAAUUGUAGGUACACGAAGUUGUACGAAUACGUACAAUAUAGGUCGUACGAGAAAAAGUAAUCAUUGUUGACUUUAAAAUUCAAAUGAUUGGUUCAAAUAUGCUAUUUAAAAAGAUGGUGGCUGUGACGCAUCCCACGAAACGUGGCUUGUAGUACCUUUCUCGCGCGAAAAUAGUAGGUCACUUAUGCGACGCAAAUGACUUUCUUUGAGCGACGCAGGUUAAAACGGGUAGCCGUAAAUCUCGUACGAUUUCUGAUGAUAAUAAAAAGGAGAAUCGGACGUGCUGACAGAUGAAAGCACGAAAAAUAUUAGAAAAGUUAUGAGCAGCGUGAAUGCGCGAAAAGAUGUUAGUAUGAGACGUAGAAAGUAUAUCGUAAAUCCCGCUGGAACAGCUGGCCAUGUUGAGCAGGACUCAUUGUUUCUAGUACGUAAGCGAGUAGACUAAGCGACAUAAUAAAAGUAUUUAUUUUUGUGACAGGUAAACGAAUUAUUAACCACGGUAAGAUAUUAGCUCGUAAAGACUGUGUGCUGCUAAAGAAAGAGAGAACGGAACGGGCAAGUAUUAGAAACAACAAUGAAUGAAGGAAAAGACGCGUGAAAGCUCUGUUGAUUUCUCAUUCCAACGAUCUUUGAUCAGGAAUACUAGAUACCGAAUGUUAUUGUAAUUGCCAACGUUUUGCGGUGAAUGGACCAAAAUAUCAGGUGAUCACGACUGUCGAUAUACAGGGUGUCUCACGAAAUAUAGUAUCCUACAGAGUAGGGGAUGAUUCCGCGUGAAGAAAUAAAUCAGAGAUAGAGACAAAAGCUUUGCAGUUUCAAAAACAAGCAUUAAUUUAUUUCAGAAUUCUCGAUUCCCCGAUUUGAGGCAUCAUCGCUGUUUGUAAAUAUUAUAAUUAAAUUUCAUUUUUAAACAAUUGACAGGAUUGAAUGGUACUACCUAAGGCAAAAAUUUGUUUAUAUAUAAUUGAGAACUUGUAAUUGUAACGUUUAGGUUAUAAAUUAUUUAACGAAAUUUCCAUAGAAUAUUAUUAAUUAUUUUCCAACGUGAUAAAUAAAAUAACAAUUAAAUAUAAUUAUAAUAUUUGCAAAUAUCUAUCGAAAGUUGUUCGAAUCUUUGAGACUGCAACUUUUGUAUUUAUUUCUAACAAUUGCAAACCUUUGUAUUGAUAAAUUGGAAAUGUAAAUUAAAAUUUUUUCGUGUAACUUCAUUUUCGUCAGAAUCUGCUUUAAAAAUUGAUCAGGUAUGUUAAUUAGGGGAAACAAGAUAAAAGCCAAAAAUAUUAAAGCAUUUUUCGAUAUUUAAUCGUUUUUCACUGUGCAUCUAUGUAUAUCCAUUAAAACUUUAUUAUUAUGGUAAACAUUAAUUAUAUUUGAAAGAAAUUUGUAGUGACGAAACUAUAUUAUUUUAAAUCAAUUCGUAAAAAUUGGUUGUAGGAUUCAAUACAGUAAGUUGUGACAUAAAUUAACGCAUGGAGUAAAUAGAUGCGUAAAUUUAAUGUUUGGUAAAAUACACGCGUACCUGACAAAUUUUCCAAAUUUAUUUGAUCAAGAACGAAACCUUGCACAAAAAAGCUUCAUUUUACAUUUGCAAUUUCUCUUUUAAGAAUCACCCUAUACGUGCUAGUUCUACAUCUGACAGUAUACACUACAGUGGUCGCUCUUUAACUGUCUUCUACCUUUUUAGCAAUCGCGUAGUUAUCUCCGCCACUUUAACUGCGUUUAACUCUCACUUUUCCUCGCUCUUGUUAUCCAUAUACAUAAUCACAAGGAAAGUUCGGUAACUCAGAAUAUCAAGAUAAAUUUGAAAUUCAGAAAAAAUGUAGUUCAAACGAUGCUAAUAACGUGAUUAUAUUUUCUUCUUCAAUUAUUAUAUAAUUACGCUAUAUAUUAUAUUCGAUUAUUAUAUAAUUAUUAGAUGGAGAAACUAAACUUUAUAUUCAUUCAUUUGUAACUUUAGUUCAAGCAUCAUUUACAAAGUGCUGCACUUUCUUUAUCAGAGGCGAACAUACCUAACCACGCCCAGUGAAGCGCCUAACUUCACCAUAACCGUGAUGCCCCGAUCCAGAGCCUGCGACAGUAAGAGUGGCACCACUGUAUAUUUAAUCAUUUUCCAUCACUGCCUACUUCUGAAUUAAUGUAAAUAAGGCGGAUUAUCUUGAUAAACGGAACGAGACGCAAUGCAUCGAAAAUUCGAGCCCAUUAUAGCAUGAUGAGUAUUUCCAAAAGAAAGAACUACAAGAUGCCGUAGAAAACACUUAAGCCGAAUGUUAAAUCAUUCCAGAGACUACUAGUAAAAUUUUCUUUUCCAUCUUCCAUAAAACGUUGCAUCAGCCUCGCGUUUUCUUCUGAUUGUGGGUUUCUUAAGUACUAUACAGGAAGUCUCAUUUAGUGUGAGCACCCUAAAUAUCUCCGUUACCUUGAACGGAAAAAAUUGUUCUCAUAGUAUAAAAAACUUUUCAGUUUCAAAGGAGUGAUAUUACGAUCUGUACAAAAAGUAUCUCGAAGUCAAGAUAUUUAUGAUGGUCACCCUAAAUGAGAUAGCCUGUACACACGUAAACACGAUGCACGUAUAAACCAAAAAAAAUGGAACUCAACGGAACAAGAAAGAACACGGAAAUGGAUAUAGGCAGAAUGGUAUACCGAAAUUCACUGCGUGCCAUAACUAUAAAAGCAGGUCAAAAUUUUCAGAUUUUAUAUGUUUCUAGUAAAAUCUAUAAUGUUCCUUCACAGGCAGCGCUAGUGGCUUUCGAAGAUUUUCGCAACCCUAAGUAUACACAAUCUACUCGAUUUAAUUUAAUUUACAUCGUAACGUGUGAGAUCCAUAAUAUUUGAGAUGGUAUCAUAGUUAUGGCGCACAGUGUAAAUAUUUCUCCGAUUUUUAGCAGCGCCUACACUUGGGACAUAAAAUUUACGUAUAAAAUGAGGCAAACGUCGAGGGUUGCCUCGUAUCAACUCGAUCACUACCGCAUGUCUUUGAAGUUACUGAAGUAAGUAUAGAGAAGACAAAAGAACGAGGUGAUUAUGUUGUCUAGUGAUUUUCAACCUCAACCAAAUGUUAGAUAUAGAUGUCAGAGAAAACACGUAAGGUAUUUCUCGUUUAACGCCGUUAAUCGAAAAUACUAUAGGUCUAAACAUUAGACUCUAAUGUGUUGAUAGGCUUCCUUCUUGCUUUACGAAAAAUGUCGAAGCAACUUUAUUAUUUUUUUAAAAGGAGAUUAGACUAAUCGUACGAUCAAAUUUCUUCGGAUUGUACGUAAUAGAAACUACGUAAAUACUAAUAGAUGGUGAAAAUAAUAGUGCGAUAUUAGAAAGUCUAUCGUUUGGAGAACACAAUUCUAAUACACAAGGUGUUUCUUAAUGUCCGGAGAAAUAUUGCAAGGCUAAGUUUAGGAUCGAAAUUUGAAAAAGAGUUCGUAUAAAUGUAUAUUAGAGAUUUUUUUAUUUUUUAACAAUAUUUUUAGUGUACUGAGUAUUCAAAAUAUCAACAGAAGUUCGGUGUUCGUUGACAGGUUGAACUCUUUCUAAUAGUUUGAUAAACCUUUACACUUUCUCUAAAAGAAAACGCAGAGAAAGACUGUAAUCAACAUUCCUUAUUGUCUUUGGACCUCGAAUCUAUCCCUGCAAUAUUUUCCAUAUGUUAAUGAACAUUCUGUAUAUCAAUCUCUCUUACACUCACUCGACAUACAUACGUGUCAAUGUACAUACACACACCAAUGCACACAAACACGAUCACAUAACACAAUAGCGAAUUGUCUUACCUUACUUAUAGUGUGUCUAGCGUCUUGCGUCUGUUAAGACCUUGUAUGUAUGAUUAGAAACUAUUACCGACCGAUAAUUAUUACAUUAAUGUCGAUCGUUGGCAGAAACUAUAAUAUACGUAUUUGACGUGUGUCCCGUAGAGCGCUUCGAAGAAAAGACGACAGAUAAAGGAAAGAAUCAGA